AUGCGCGGUGCAUGGUCUGGCCGAGCAAGGAAAGAGAGGGAAAAUACGAACAAAAAGAACGGAAAAGAACGGAAAAAAAAAAGAGUGAAUGUGGGAAAAAUGAAUGCUGCGAAAAAAGAAUGUGGGAAAAUUUAUGAGAAACAGAAUUCUAUCAUCUACUCAUCUGUUCUCUAUUGUAGUACUAUUUACACCCAGACACCUAUGUACAUCGAUCCAAUGACUCCUCUACCACUUGUAGUGGCCACGCACCUUAAAGUUGAGCGGCUCAUUGUUCAAGAACAUCCGUGGUUUCGCCGCGCGCUGCGCCUGAGCCUGUUCCCAUUGACGGCGCUUCGUGGUUUGGUCAGUCUUCAAAACCGCUUUGAGAUGGAUGUAUGGAUGUUCGAUAAUACCGGUGCGGCCUCGACCUUUGGCAUCGAGUCGUUUUCUCCACUCGCCAUCGGAGCCGGUCCACAAUGCGUGGAUAUACAAGCCGUCCUCGUUGUAGCCGAGCUUGUGGGCUUGUUCCAAGCCGGUUUUAAGGAAUUUUUCCAAUUCGGUAGCCAUCUUUUUUGGGUUAAAAUGAAGCUGCGCAAUGGCAUGUUUAACCGUAAAUCCUCUGACAAACCGAUUGACCACGGUGGCCUUUUUCAUCGACAGCUUGAUACGGUACGACUGGAGGUAGAUCGAAGGCUCCAAAAUCUCGAUUUCUUGUUCUGUUAA